AUGUCGAACAACGAGUCUGCCGCUUGGCCCAAGGCCGAGGACCCUGCGCUGGUCCAGGAACUGCUUGAUUGCGUUCAGCAGGCUAGCCACUACCGCCAACUGAAGAAGGGCGCUAACGAGACGACCAAGUCCGUCAACCGUGGCACCAGCGAGCUCGUUAUUCUCGCUGCUGAUACCCAGCCACUGAGCAUUGUUCUUCACAUCCCGCUCAUCUGCGAGGAGAAGAACGUGCCCUAUGUCUAUGUCCCCAGCAAGGUUGCUUUGGGCCGCGCUUGCGGUGUCUCUCGUGCCGUUAUUGCCGUCUCGCUGACAUCGAAUGAAGCGUCGGAUCUCAACUCCAAGAUCCGCGCCCUGCGUGACAAGGUCGAGCGCCUUGCUAUGUAA